GAACUCGUAGCGGCACCACUUACCUGAGACCCGCCGAAGUUCUCGAUCGUCAGCUGCGAGUCGUCGUUUUAUUCAUCGUGAAAUCACUUCUUCCAGUUGCCAAGUCGGCCUCGAGCGCCACCGUGAAGAAGUCGCAGUCCUUGCAGCAAACCGCCGAGAGUCACCCGUACGACGACAGGCGCGCAGGCAGCGAGGAGAGCUUCGUGGUGCAUCGCGGCAAGGGCAUCCCCACCCUGAGCUCCGUGGCCGACGAGAAGUCCGUAGCCAGAGCUGAAGCCGCUGGUCGGCCGAGCAACUGGGAAGAGCAACGACGGAGCUCAUACGCCGGCCGGCGAUCCAGGCGGAACAGCAUCACCGACGACUCGCAGCUGACGAUCGAGAACUUCGGCGGGUCUCAG